UCUACGACUAUACCGAGCCCCUGAUUGACCAGUUACAACACUUCAAACACACACUUCACAGCAAGAUCUCCAAAAUGGCAGAAGAUUACCAAACCUACAACCUCGGAGACUUCAAACUCCAAUCCGGAAAAGUCCUUCCAAAUGCCUUCGUAGCCUACAAAACCCUCGGAGAUUCCUCGCUCCCCGCAAUCAUCUACCCAACCUGGUACUCCGGAGAAAUCUCAGCUAUCCUCUGGCUGACCGGCCCCAACAAAACCCUGGACCCAUCAAAUUACUACAUCAUCAUUCCCGCCCUCUUCGGAAACGGCCAAUCCACAUCCCCCUCAAACACCCCAUCCCUACGACCCUUCCCCAAAGUCACCUUCUACGACAAUGUCCGCGCUCAGCACGAACUCGUCACUAAACACCUUGGCAUCACGCAUGCGCGGGCUGUCCUGGGGUGGAGUAUGGGCGCUGGGCAAACCUAUCAGUGGGCAACGCAGUUCCCUGGUUUCAUGGACCUCAUCGUGCCGUUCUGCGGCAGCGCGAAAACGAGUCUGCAUAACCAGGCGAUGCUGGAAGGCGUCAAGUCUGCGUUAUAUGCAGCGCAAGGGAAAAGCUCGUAUGGCGUUGCCAGCGGGGACGCUGAAGCCGAGAAGGAGGGGGGGUAUGUUGGGUUUACUGACGAAACCAAGGUCGUAGGGUUGAAAGCCCUCGGUCGAGUCUACUCUGGAUGGGGAUUCUCACAGGCUUUCUACCGCGAGAGGCUGUUCGAGAAAGUGCUGGGGUUUAAAGAUAUCGAGGAUUUUAUGGUGAAUUUCUGGGAGAAGUGGGCGUGUGGGAAGGAUCCGGAGAAUAUGUUGGUCAUGGCGCUGACAUGGCAGGCUGGUGAUUGCUCGCUGCAGGAGCCGUAUAAUGGAGAUUUUCAGAAGGCGAUGCAAGGGAUCAAGGCGAAGGCCCUCGUGCUACCGGCGCAGACGGAUCUCUAUUUCCCCCCGGAAGAUUCGGAGAUUGAGGUUAAGGCUAUGAGGCCUGGUGUUGGAGAGCUGCGAGUGAUUCCGUCGAUCUGGGGGCAUUGGGCUGGAGGGCCAGGGGAUAGUAAGGAGGAUGUGAAGUGGAUUGACGAGCAGCUGCGAGACUUUUUUUCACGUAACUGA